CACACACACACACUGGUGAAAAAGUGGUCCAAGUGAAAGCAAUCAUCUUCCACUCAUUCUGUUUUAUACACACAACAAAGCUUUGGGAGAGUUUUUUACAGCUUUGAUUUUUAUUAAGUAUAGACGCUUCGACGGAGGAGGUCAACCAACCGUUUUAUUUAGGACUCUGGGUCUUCUGAAGUAUCUCAGCAGCUGCUGCCGCUGUGUGGGAGCUCGGCUGAGCGUCCGUCUGGACUGUAACUUCUCAGCACUCAAGCUUGUCCGAAGUCACCCACUUAAUCCUGACACAUCACGAUGACUUUCCAGUGGACAGCUGUUGCUUUUUUCCUGUAUGCAGAGAUAGUGGUCAACCUCAUCCUCUGUAUACCCUUUAUAACAGCACAGAGAUGGAGUUCGGUUUUCAGCUGGAGAAUAUGGAGCUGGUUAUCUCCAUAUUGGAACAAGUGUUUCAUUGCAAUUAUCGCAGCCCUCAUCGUUCUUUUGUUCGAUGCCAUCCGGGAGGUGCAGAAGUACUCAAGUCCCGAGCCCAUGGAGGAUACUAAAAUGAACCCAAACUCGUAUGACCAUGUGUAUAUGAAGCUUUUCAGGGCCCAAAGGAACCUAUAUAUUUGUGGCUUUUCUCUUUUCCUUUGGCUUAUCAUGCGUCGGAUUAUGACCCUGCUAAACCAGACUGCUGUCACCCUGGAGAGCAGUGCAGGCCUCGAGGCGCAGGUGGACGGUGCCUUGAAAGCAACCAAACAACACCAGGAGGACAACCGUACACUCAAACAAGCACUACUGGAAGGGGAAAAAUCCAUGUCGACAACAAAACAACAGCUGAAGCUGGAGGCUGAGAAGCUGGCUGGUCAGCUGAAGGCUGCUGACGAGGCGGUGAGGAAGUCUAAUGCCGAACUUGAAGCCAUGAAGAGGCAGGCCAAAGGCCUGGCGCAGGAGUACGACCGGCUGUUGAGGGAACACCACCAGCUCCAGAAUCUUCAGAGUGCUGAAGACAAAAAAGAUCAAUAACUGGGAUCCAAGGAAGAAAUGUCCGCCUUCUCACGGCUCCGGCACACACUUUUACUUCAUUUGUUUUUUGUUUUUAUAUUGUAGCAUCAGAGGCCCAUUUUCAAAUCAUUUUUCUGUGAUUCUACACAUUUUGUGCCAGUGUAUGUCAGAGAAAUUAGACAAAGUAGUAUUGCAGUUAUAUUUUAUGUUUCUAAAUUUACGACAGCAUUUUUCUUUUAGAAAUAUCUUUUGCAUGGUUUUUGUGAAAUGUUGACGUUUUCUUUUUGUUAAGAAUAUUUUAAUUCUUAAAAAAAACAUUUCCUACUAUCAUGAUUUAUGAUGCUAUACAGUUACUAUUUCCAGAGGAGUGUUUCCCUGGGAGCGAGAAGAUUUUUUUCUUCUUCCCUCAUCAGAUCUUACCUCAUUAAUUCAGAAAAAUAGAAACGAAAAUCGAUUUUAAAAAGAAAAAUGUAUGUUAAUUCAUAAAGAAUAACAUUUUACAAGUGAAUGCAACAUAUUUUCAUACAAUUAAGAGUUUGAAAACACAUUUUUUUAUGUUACAGUAACAACAUUUUAUAACAAACAAAAUGAAUGUAAAAUAUCUAUAAUAGGCUUUAUUACCUUAUUUUAAAUAAAACCUGAGAUGUACAAAUCCUAAGAUUAUUUUCCACAAAGAUUUAUAAUGCCAGACAUUUUCCUUGUAUGGACCUUUCCAAAUCAAACGUUUAGACUUAUCAGCUGAUGCCAGUUUGGAUAAAGAAAGCUGAGUUUUUGUGAUCCAGGAAAUCGAACAACACUUAACCUUCCAGCGAUGAUCCAGCAAACUAAGCAGGGUUUUUUUUUUUUUUUUCAAUGUCA